AUGGAAUCAAUCAGAGUCGACGCCAGCAACAUCGCCCAGUUCACCAACAAGACCGUCCGUGUGAUUGGCAAACUGGUGGACAAGUCGUCCAACCAGGGCACGGCCGUUGUUCAAGCCAACGGGUCUGUGGAGCUGAGAUUCAAGAACCAACAGACCCUGCUCGAGUCGAUGCUGCUCAACAACUGGUACGAAACCAUUGGAAUUGUCGACGCCGACAACACUGUCAAGGUGAUCCAGAUCAUCGACUUUGGCAGCCAAAUCAGCGAGGCUGCGGUGACAAAACUCGUGGAGCUGAGCCACAAGGUGCCCGAGAUCUUCUACACCACGGUUAACUAA